AUAAAAUAAAAGGGCGUGUGCGCCUUUAAGGGUGAGCGUGCGACAGUGGGGAGGGCCAGGGCGUCUCUUGACUGGAGCUGCUGCCUGACAGCCUAUAAGACGUCAGCUCGUUCCCAUUCAACACUUUAUCCAAAAGUGUCACAAUCUGUAAGGGUGGAGGGGAGGGGGGGAGCGUCAGCCAUUCGUAGUCGUCUACUGGUUCCCCGAUGUUAACUCCAAAUUAUCGGUACAAAAGUGGCAGCCAGCCGGGCCGACGAUCCGAGAGUUUCCUGGCUUUGAUGCGACCCGAGUGUGCCUGGAGCAUGUCCACAGUGGGCCUGACUGCCCAGGAGACAUCUUUUCCCGUAGAACACCCCUUCCUGCGGGGCAGCUACUGUCACAGCAUGGCUGGAUCAAAGUCAUCGUGGAGCUAUACCCACGACCUGGACAACUUCUACUUCACAAUGAAAUCGGAACACACAGAUCACAGCUCUCAUGGCCAGCACAAGAGUCCGCCAUCGCUAAGUUACGAAAGUAAGAGUCGUCCUUUGUCAACUGCAUCCUUUCCGCUCUCUGUCAGACAAAUGCGUCUUCGCUUUUAUUCUGUCAUUGGCUCACCGUACUUGUUUUUUGGAACGUUGCCCAUAUUGAAAUUGACUGAGUACAACAAUAGGUACAACUGUAUGACUGUACCAGAUGAGGACACAGAGGCAGGACAGACGGGGAAAUAUUGCCUCGUGGCCAUUGGAAGACUGCAGAUUCACGUUGUGCUCUUUCUGGCAGAUACCCGCCGCUGGUCAGCAGAGGUGUCGUACAGCGAUGAGGACAAGCCCCCAAAGCUGCCUCCGAGAGACCCCUUGUCCUUGGGCACCUCCCGCACUCCUAGCCCCAAGAGCCUCCCGACAUACAUCAACGGCGUGAUGCCCACCACCCAAAGCUUUGCACCGGACCCUAAAUAUGUCAGUCGGGGUUUACAGAGACAGAACAGCGAGGGAUCGCCGUGCAUCCUGCCUAUCGUGGACAAAGAGGGGAAAAAGGCCAGUAGUACACAUUACUACCUUCUGCCUCACCGACCCACUUUUGUGGACUCCAAGUCCGUGGAAAAAUUCCUACAGACCUUGGACAGCCCGGACUCGGAAUGGGACUGCCACACCAGGCGGAAAGCGCCCGUGGAUCUAGUUUAAGGAUCCUCGCCACCCUCCAAACUGCUGCUUUUUAGUUUUGAGCCCGUUAGGCAUUGAAGGACACAGGGUACGAGUGCACUGUAUCCAGUUACUGCUGACGCGGCUCACCACAGGGUUGCGUUCAACAACUUUGAAAGAUUCUACAGUCCGGAAGGUGCAAGCGGGUCUUGAACCACCUCACUCUCAGUGUUUUGCGUCCGGAUGGUUGACUGUGAUGGGUUGGGGCUUUUUUUUGUUUUUUUAAAUGCUGCUUUUUAUCUCAACCGGGACAAAAGGUCAGUAAUGUAACCACGUGACACUUACUAGGGAUGGGCAUACUAAUCGAUUUCUCGCUCAUGAGGUAAAAUGAAUCACGUCUCGAAGCAAGUGAGGCAAAAAUAGAAUGCGCUACUUUCGCUGGCUGAAGAAAUUGAGCAUGAGCUACUCCAAACAUAAGGAAAUUAAAAAAAAAAUGUAUUGCACAGAAAUAAAAAUUGAAUGAAUAAUUUAGGUUCAAACAAACAGCAAUAACAAAAUAAUAUAUUCCUACUUAACAGUUUAAUACAACUGAAGAGUACUUGUUCAUGUUCUGUACUGAAUUAAAAAAAAAAAGUUUAAGCCACUGUAACUUCAUGCACUGUUUGAAUAUUUAAUUCAGUGAUUUGGACAAAGGAUGGAUGGAUGGAAUUAUUUAUAUACCACUAAGGGAAGUCUGCGAAAUUACUGUGCUACACAAUAUGACACUAGCAUAGAAACAGGAGUUCAGCACAUUCAUUUAUUUGUGGUGGGGAAAAAAAGGUACAUUUUCCCCCAUUGUUGAUCAAUAAAAUUCAGCCCAUCCCUAAAAUCAGUUAUUUUAGGGUCAAAUGAAGGAUUUUAGCACACGAGUAUCUACUGUAUGUUUGGGUAUGAUUAUCAUCAUAUAUAUAUUUCUUUUUUGUUUCUGUUGAUGUUUUGUUUUUGUUGUUUUUCCCAACUUGCUUGUAGCUUCGCAUGAAAGUCAAGUGCAGCUUAUGUAGCCUCAAAAACAGCCAUAUCACAUCCGUAACAGAACUCUUCCAGGUUCAUCUGCCACCUUUGCUUUGUUUUUUUUGUUUUUUUUGGGGGGGGGGGGUUGUUUUUGUUUUGUUUUUUUCAUGUGCAACCCAGCUAACGUGGGUUAUCUGGCCAUAACUGCGCUUUCACAUAAAAAAAUGGUUGUUGAAUGAGAGUGUCAGACGUUAAAACUCAGCACCACCUUGUCCCACCAUUCAGGCGUAAAUCAUUUACAGUGGCUAUAAAAAGUCUACACACCCCUGUUCAAGUGCUAAAUUUUUGUCCAAAAAAAAAAAAAAAAAUUCAAAGCUGUGGCUACUGGCAACGCAAUUGAAAAGAAGAUUUUUUUUUUUAGAGAGGAGAGGUAAAAAAUAAACUGAAAUGUAUUUGCACAAGUGUGCACACCCUCUUAUAACUGGAGAUGUGGCUGUGGUAAAAAUGAUCUCCCACCUUUUUGAAGUGCCUCGAGUAGAAGCCUGAACAUUUUUGUGCUCACACUGACCGCUGAUUGAAACUGUUUAUCACCACCUACACCUCGAUUAAGGCCCCAGUUCCAUCCAAAGAAAUGAUUUAUCUUGGUCUCAUUUAAAAAUUACAUUUGAAUUGGGUGUGUAGACUUUUAAUAUGCACUCCACAUUGGCCCCUUUAUGGUUCUGAUACUACCUCCAAAAGGCAAAAAAUUGUCCAAGUUGACUCCAACCACCCAUUCCAUGGGCAGAAAACCCCCGGCACGUACAGCCAGUGUCCGUCAUCCCGAGUGUCGUUUCCGUGGGUGUUUUUUCCACGAUCAUAUUUGUUACUGCGUUUUUUUUUUUUUGUUUGUUUUUUUGUUCGUUUUUUUUGCAUUUGGAGGUUGCACAGAGAGCGUCGCCUUGAAGCUGGACAUACACUGUAAAAUAAAGGCACAUGCAACGCAGUUACGAGAAGCACAUUGUUAGCGUUGUUUUUAGCAUUAGCAUUCCUUGCCCACCUAUGGCGGAAAAUGCCUUUUCUUGAUUUGUUUUAACGGUCGGCAACAGUUUGAAAGCCACUGACAAACGCCCGCAGGGCUUAAGUGGUACAAAUGAACCCUUUCAAUUGUUUACUUUGACGUUCUAUCGCGGGCACUUAACUCAGUGUGAAAGAUGCAAUUUCAAAUUAACGUUUUGUAUAGUGUAUGCCCAGCUUUAGUGAAUGUAUUCUUACUGAAAUUCAUUUUUUUUAUAUUUAGCUGUCAAGCUGUGAGUCAUUGUUUGGAACACAUUUGCUACCUCCCUCGAUACGAAUCCUCCAUUUCACAUUGUCCGCUUUUUGGGGGGAUGAUCUUAUCUUUUUUUUUUUUUUUUAAAGGAGUAUUAGGGCCACACGGAAAAUACAUUUAAUUUAGGAGUUAAAAGUAGUAAUCUUACAAAUAAAUUCAUAUUUAGUUCACAUAAAGUUGAAUACUGUGAGGAUAAAGAAGCGGUGGGCAACUCCAGUCUUUGACUCUGCAUGUUUUAGGUGUUUUCCUCUUCCAACACACCAAAUCAAAUGAUCAGCAAGCUCUUCAGGAGCCUGAUAACGAUCCUGAUCCUAUGAAUCAGGUGUGUAGGAGGAGGGAAACAUCUAAAACAUGCAUGAUAGUGGCUCUUGAGGACCGGUGUUGCCCAACCCUGGAAUAAAGUGAUUUUUUAAAAUGUAGGAAUAUCAAUGAUACAAUCAUUUACUAAUUAUAGCUGUUUUUCCUUCACAAAGGACUCCGUGCCAGUAAUGUGAUUCCCCCUCCACCCAUUUUUAUUUUAUUUAUUUUCUCAGAAAUAUACGGCCUUUAUUCUCGUAAUACUUUUUUUUUAACUUUUUUAAAACUUCCCCCGAAAAGAAUUUUCAUCUUAAACACCCCCCCAAAACUUUUCACAAAUAUUUUUGUUUUAUAGCUCCCCCCAAAAAACCUUUAUUCUCAAAAUACAGUGUGAUCAUUUUUUUCUUGAUAUCCAAAAAACAGAACUGUUCUUCUCGUAGUACUCUAUUGUCAUGUUGUUUUUCCCCAUUCCAUUGUCACCCUAAUACUCCUUGAUAAACCAAAACAACGACAGAUGUAUGAGGUUCAUUGUGUGCUGUGAGCGAAGUGAGGAUGACCUCUGUGAAAAUGGAGAUGGUCUGACUUCAACAAUUGAGCAAGAGGAUGAGUGUUUAGGGUUUACCUUCAGCGCGUGGACAGUCUUUCCAGUUCUGCUCAUGCAUUCCUGCCUGACAUGAUUGCAGUGGGUGUGGCCUGAGAGACUUUGGCUGCUGGCGGCCGAAAUAGAGAGAGAGA